AUGUUGAGGAACUCAGCAAAAACUUCGCUAAAAGUGAUCCGUCGCGGAUUGUUCACUUCCGCUAAAGUAUUGUCAGCAGCCGAGCCAUCACAAUCAGCACAUCCGGCAACAAAGCCGCCUAAAGCAGUAAAAAGACGUCGCAGAACGCAUUUCUCGGACAAGCUCAACAUGGGUCCAUCGUUUGCGGAUUUUGUGAGUGGUCGGGCAAGUGAAAUGUCAACUGUUGAUCCUAUAGUGGCAGCCCAAGAAGGUAAAGAUGAUUUAAGAAUGCCACCUUGGCUUCGUGUUCCGAUCCCCAAAGGCCGGUCUUAUCGCAGAAUAAGUGAAGACUUGAAGCAGCUUCAUCUAUCAACGGUUUGUCAGGAGGCCAGGUGUCCGAAUAUUUCUGAAUGUUGGGGUGGAAAGCGUUCUGAGGCAACUGCCACAAUUAUGCUUAUGGGGGACACUUGCACGAGAGGAUGUCGAUUCUGCUCCGUGAAAACAAGCAGACACCCUCCCCCUUUGGACCCGAAGGAACCUGUGGAUACUGCUAGGGCUAUUUCCCGGUGGGGGUUGGGAUACGUGGUGCUAACUACUGUUGAUCGUGAUGAUUUGCCAGAUGGAGGCUCACGGCAUCUUCUGCAGACCGUGGUGGAGAUCAAGAAGAGAUCACCAAGCACUCUUGUGGAAGUUUUAUCGGGUGACAUGAGGGGAAACUUGGAUGAUGUGAAGACGCUUGCUUUGGCCCCUAUGGAUGUCUAUGCACACAAUAUGGAGACUGUUGAGGCUCUUACUCCAUAUGUGAGGGAUAGAAGAGCUACAUACAGACAAUCUUUGAAGGUGCUAAGGGCUGCCAAGGAGUUCAACCCGAAACUCGUCACAAAAUCGUCUUUAAUGCUCGGAUUCGGUGAAACUGACGAGCAGGUGAUGCAGACUUUGCGUGAUUUAAGGAAGAACAACGUUGAUGUUGUCACUUUUGGACAGUACAUGAGACCUACUAGGCGCCAUGUUAAAGUUGUCGAGUACGUGAGACCAGAAAAGUUCGACUACUGGAAAGAUCAGGCGCUUAAAAUGGGUUUCUUAUACUGUGCAUCUGCUCCGCUUGUUAGAUCUUCCUACAAGGCAGGUGAGGCUUUCAUCGAGAAUGUUUUGAAGAAGAGGCACAGAAAUGUCGGCGUUCCACGUGAUCAGGAGAUUCCAAAUGAGCGUUUCAGUUCCAAGGAGGCCUUAAAAGACAUAAAGCCGCAAUGA